GUUGCAGUCGGUCGCAUCAACGGAACAGAGGCAAGCCGGCUCCAGCGCCAGCAUCCAGUUGAAGCCAGCGGCAACGUGUGGCGUCUUUUGUGUCGCGCAAUUUCGCGCCUCCGAUUUUACUGACUUCCAGUGCAACUUGCGGCAACCCCAAGCUUUGCGACUGACUCACUCACUUUCAGUGUGUGUUUUGGCUUGACUCGCAGUGUGUGUGUGUGUGUGAGUGUAUGUAAGUGUGUGUGCAUAUUUGCCGGCAUCAUUGUUGUUGUUGCCGCCGCCCAUUGUAGUGACAGUCGUCGUCGUCGUCGUCGUGGCAUUCUAAAUACUUGACAUUUUCGCCGCCAAAUUGUGCGAUUUCUUCAGGCCGUGGCUGUGACAUUGGCAUGAACGUGGCGCACUUUGCUGUUGCUGUCUGUGGCGCUCCUCUAGAACUCUAUCAGCUGCGCCGUCGACUCCAGCGAUUGACUGGCAAACAAAUUUUGCAAUUCAAUUUCUAUUGUGCAUGGGCCAAGUGUGUGCGUCGUUUGCUGUCAAUUCAAAGUAUUUCGCAUAAAAAUUGAAAAUUGCAUGCAAAUUAAAUAAAUAGACGGAACAGCAGCAGCCACACCAACAACAACGACAACAACGACAACAACAGCAACAAAGAGGAAAACCCGCUCAGCUCAUGAAAAUGACAGUUUGGAGUUCUGGUCGCAAUCAAAGCAAAUGUCAUUAGCACACGCCACAACGUCAACGUCGCUGUUUUCGAUUGAUAGCAGCAGCAGCAGCAGCAGGAUUGGAGGACAUUUGCAUAACUUGCAGCAAGUUCAACGUGCAGCACACACAGAUGUCAACAGCACUUGGAAAUGAUGCAAAUGCAGUGAAAUCAAAGCCCCUUGCGCAAUUUGCACAAACAACGCAUGCGGCAAAUAGCCAGAGCAAUAGAAAUUCAAAUGCAAAUAGAAACUGUGGUCGUCGCAGCAAAAAAAAUACAUAAAAAAUAAAUAACAAAAGCAGCAGCAGCGGCAGCGAAUCGAGCAACAGCUGCUGCCAAUAACAAACGUCAGCUGCAAAGCGCAAAAACAAGCCGCAGCAGCAACAACAACAACAACGAGAACAACAACGAGAGUAGAGCAGCAGGAACAAAAUGAAGAGCCAUUUAGGCCCGCUCUUUGUCAUUUUGAUAAUGGCCGCCAAAUGCGCCAACGGCUAUCCACAGAAUCAGCAUCACGAGUCAAACUCACAGCUGGAUCCCGAUCCGGAGUUUAUUGGCUUCAUCAACAAUGUGACAUAUCCGGCUGGUCGCGAGGCCAUUUUGGCCUGCUCGGUGCGCAAUCUGGGCAAGAACAAAGUUGGCUGGCUGCGUGCAUCCGAUCAAACGGUGCUCGCACUCCAAGGACGCGUCGUGACGCACAACGCCAGGAUCAGUGUUAUGCAUCAGGAUAUGCACACCUGGAAGCUGAAGAUCAGCAAGCUGCGGGAAAGCGAUCGCGGCUGCUACAUGUGCCAGAUAAACACGAGUCCCAUGAAGAAGCAGGUGGGCUGCAUCGACGUGCAAGUGCCGCCAGACAUAAUUAACGAGGACUCCUCGGCGGAUCUGGCCGUGCAGGAGGGCGAGGAUGCGACGCUCACAUGCAAGGCCACGGGCAAUCCGCAGCCGCGCGUCAUCUGGCGACGCGAGGACGGCGAAAUGAUUCUCAUACGCAAGCCGGGCAGCCGGGAGCUCAUGAAAGUGGAAACCUACAAUGGCUCCUCGCUGAGAUUGCUGCGCCUGGAGCGGCGCCAGAUGGGCGCCUACCUGUGCAUUGCGUCCAACGAUGUCCCGCCGGCCGUCAGCAAACGGGUCUCGCUCAGCGUUCAAUUUGCGCCCAUGGUGCGUGCUCCUAGCCAGCUGCUGGGCACGCCGCUCGGCUCCGAUGUGCAGCUGGAGUGCCAGGUGGAGGCAUCGCCGUCGCCCGUCUCCUACUGGCUGAAGGGGGCGCGCACAUCGAAUGGCUUUGCCAGCAUUUCGACGUCCAGCCUGGAGGCGGGCUCGCCCGGACCCGAAAUGCUCCUGGACGGGCCCAAAUACGGCAUCACCGAGAAGCGCGAUGGCUAUCGCGGCGUCAUGCUGCUGGUGGUGCGCUCCUUUUCCCCCUCCGAUGUGGGCACCUAUCACUGUGUCAGCACAAAUUCGCUGGGCCGUGCCGAGGGCACGCUGCGGUUAUACGAAAUCAAGCUACAUCCGGGCGCCUCGUCCAGCAACGAUGAGCACCACAAUUUCAUAGGCGGUCUCGAGGAGGCGGCGCGCAAUCUGGCCGCCUCCAGGCAGGCCGUGCGGCUCCUCCAGCCGCCCCUCGCCCUGUUGCUUUGGGCGUGGCAUAGCGCGUGAUAUCAAAACUGAGCGAGAGCCGGCAAACAAGUAUUCCUACAGGUGUUAUCCAGCCCUUGAGCCCCCGCACCCGCGCCCGCACCCCAUCCACGAUCGAAUGUGUUGCUUACGCUCCCGCUCAAACACCCUACCGCCACCCCCUCCCGCUCCGCCGCGCUUUUGUUUGUUUUUUAUUUAGGCUUCCUUGUUUUGAUUUCGUGGCAUCGAUAAACGCAACAUAUUGCUACACAUAUUGCCAGAGCGCUGUGGGCAGCCGCCGCCACGCCCCUCCAACCCCAUAUCAUUCACAUACGUAUCGCGCAAAUUGUUGUUCAGCCCCCCGACCCCCUCGUUCCAAGAUAAUGAAAUGCAAAAAGUCCCGAAAAAAAGUAUGUCGCAUAAUGUUACAUUGCAUAUAAAUUAAACACGAAUACUAUAAAAUAGUGCAUAAAUAUA